UAAUCCUCCAUACAAUUAAAUUUGAACAAAAAAAAACCUCAUUUAAAGAGAUAAGAUGGACGCUUUUUGGAUAACUUGAAGAAGAUUAUCAUAAAAUGAUCGUUUGCCUAACACAUAUCCAACAAGCGCAGGCUGCCACUAUUUGGAAUAACUUCUUGGAAUAACUUAAAGAGACUUUCUCCUUACCACAAGAAAUAAAAGAAUGGUUAAAGUUCAUAGGGUUAAGCAAGUGGGAAGAUAUAAGACAUUUCCAAUUUAAAGAAAGCCCAAGACCAAGAAUAGAAGAAGAUUUAGCAAAUGGAAGAGAAGGGAAUGAAAGAGCUUUCAUAAUACACAAAAAUUGGAGGCUUCUAAACAUAGCAAGAAGCAAAAGAAUGGGAUCAAAAGGAUAAAAAAAAGACUAAGCUUUUAGGGAAUAAACAAAGAGGAACACAAAAACCCUUACAUCCUAUUAAAUUCAUUUGAAAAUUGCACCACAAGUCUUUCAAAACCACUAGCCGUUAUAAAAAUCCCUCCACGGAUUAGUGCGCCCUUAUUUGUGGACCUCUACGCAGCAUUCCAUUAUCCCACACAAGGUAACUUUCGUUUUCAUGGCGCAUUUUACAUUCUUUUCUUUUCCUGGAAUUAUUAAUUGCCUGGUAGGCCGGAUUCGAUCUUCGCACCCAAUAUUCUCAAACCCGAUUGCUCAAAUUUUCUUACCUCCCAACGGAAUCCCUUUUGAUUUCAUGAUCCCUGCAACCUAACCCGCACUCUCCACGGCGGCGACAGAGGGCAAAGAGAGCGCCGGCGAUGGGUAACAUGGCAAGCGGCAGCGGCGGCAGCGGCGGCGGAGGAAAUGGUCGCCGGAGAAACCAGAGCCGUAACCCUAACACCUCUUCCAUCCUCCCACCACCUCAGCAGCCGCUCGAGGUCCCGCCCAGUAAUCGUUAUAUUUUUGCUGCGACUAUUCCGUACGCUCAAUAUCCGAACCCUGGCCCUCCACAGUACUACCAUUACGUUGGUUAUUACCCUCCACCUCCAACGCCGUACGCCCAUUCUGUUGUCCAGCUGCCGGCGCCAUUGGACCAUCACCACCGAGGCGGUGGCGAUCAAGCCGGUUAUCAACAGGGAUGGAGGAAUCGCUACAGUUCGGUGCCGUCACCGCGGGCUCCUGUGGUGGAGCACCAGAAAGCGGUGACGAUAAGGAAUGAUGUUAAUCUCAAGAAGGAGACGCUGGUGAUUGAGGAAGAUGAAGAAAAUCCUGGCAGGUAUCUUGUGGCCUUCAGGUUUGAUGCUACUGCGGCGGGCAGCAUUACAGUUCUCUUCUUCGCCCAAGAAGGUUUUGAAUGCAAACUCACCCCGACAAAGGAGACCUUUCUUCCUCCAGUGACGGUUUCAUUCAAAAAUGGCCUUGGCCAGCAAUUCAAACAGCCACCCGGAACCGGAAUCGACAUCUCCAUGUUCAAGGAAUUCGAACUGAUUAAAGAAGGAGAAACAGAGAUAUACCCUCUGGCAAUCAGAGCAGAAGCAUCUCCAGUUGACCAAGAAGGAUCUGCAGAGAACAACAAUAUGGUAGCUCCAAACUCUCAGAUAACCCAAGCUGUGUUUGAGAAGAAGGAAAAUGGCGAAUACCGAGUCCGCGUGGUGAAGCAGAUCUUGUGGCUGAAUGGAACCAGAUAUGAGCUUCAGGAAAUCUAUGGUGUAGGGAAUUUUGAUGGGAAUGAUCCAGGAAAAGAAUGUGUUGUUUGUCUUUCAGAACUUAGAGACACUGCUGUGCUCCCAUGCAGGCAUAUGUGCUUGUGCCGUGAAUGUGCAGAGGUUCUAAGGUACCGGACGAAUAGAUGUCCGGUGUGCAGGCAGCCCGUCGAUCGCUUGUUGGAGAUGAAGGUGAACAAUGGAGGUGAAGAUGAUCUGUUGUCGCCUUGUUGUCAGGCAGGAAAGAAGAGAGGAGGAACAACUUCAGCAAUGGCAGAACCGGAACUUCAGAAUAGAGUGGCAAAGUAAGAAGAUUAAGGGCAAAAUUUUCAGUAUAUUAUAUGAUAUUAAUGAGUUUAUAAUGAUGAAAGGUUAGUUCCACUGAUAAAAUCUGAUUAAGUUAUGUCUAGUUAGUAUAAUCAAAAGCUGAUUUUGAUGAAUUUUAAACUUGUGGAAUUUAUUUUGGG